AUGACUUCUGUGGCUAAAGAUGACUUGUAUAUAUUUUCCUUGGGCAAAGAAAUAACAAGCAGCUUAAAGUUGCUUCAGUUCGACGAAUACGCUGCCAUUGUUGAUCCACUGAGCCACGACGUAGUGAAUAACAGACUCAAAGAAGUCUCGCCCAAUGGUGACCCCAAGCCCAAAGAUUACUACAAAUCUGAUCUCCAUCGCCUUAAUUUGAAGAGGCAGGUUAACAACUUACCGCCUUUGAUGGAGGAGGAGUUCGAAAAACUUAUAGAAACACAAUCUUUAGAGAGCAUAUCAGGAUCAGAGGAAAGCGAAGACGAGGAUGAAGAGACACAGAAGAUGGACACUCUUUUUGAGAAGUUGUCUACGAGCGAGGUUGAGGACGAGCACAAUGUCAGCCACAUGAACACAAACUCCCCCUACAUUCUUUUCCAGUCCCCUUUAGUGGACCUGGGCAAGGCCUUUGGCUUGUACAAGGCACUUUUUACGAAGUCAUCAUUAGAGUCGGGGGACGUUUUCCCCGAACUAAAUCGCAUUGCAUCCGAACCAGUCGGGCUGGGCAUCUCAGUGCUACUCAUGAUUGGAGGAGGCCAUUUUGCCGGCGCAGUGAUCUCUCAUCAGCGAAGAAAUAUGAAGGGGCUAGCGCCCAAUCACAAGAUCUCCAAGCAGGAGCAGCAGGUGAAUGUGUUGCAAUCAAAAACGUUUCACAGGUAUACUACAAGAAGGAAGCAGGGUGGUUCUCAGAGUGCGUCUGAUAACGCUAGGGGUAAGGCUAAUUCGGCCGGUUCUUCCAUCAGAAGGUAUAACGAGCAGGCAUUGCAGCAGGAAGUUAGAGAUCUUCUAGCGUCUUGGAAGGAGUAUUUGGAUAAGGCAGAUUUUGUAUUCAUCAGGGCUAACGCUGUGGCCAACAGACGGACGCUUGUUGGAUACGAAGGCGCUCCAUUGGGUAAUGACGAUAAGCGGUUAAGGAGUUUCCCCUUCACCACAAAAAGGGCUACGCUUUCUGAGUUGAAGCGAGCGUGGGUCAGACUCUCAUACAUGCAAGUGGUGGAGCUUCCGAAGGUCACAAAGAAGGCACCAGAGAAGGCGCUCGAAGCUUCCCGAGUACAGCGCAAGACACCGUCGCCAAAACCAGAAUUGUCUGGUUCAGACAAGCAUACCAAAGAACUCAUAGAUCUUUUAAAGAAGCUGCGGGCGCCAUUGAUGAUUAAUUACCUCAAAAAGCACAAUCUCAGUGCAGACUUUGAGUUCACCCCGGCAAAUCAGCAUGCCUACACACCCACGCCGCUUCAUUAUGCCAGUUCUCAAGGGCUCCAUCACAUGGUACAGGUGUUGUUGGUGAAUUUAAAAGCAGAUCCUACUAAGGUCAAUUCUGUGGGUAAAACAGCCUGUCAAAUGAAUUCGAACUCAGCGGUGAAGAAGGCAUUCCAGAUUGCCAGGUAUAGUCUAGGGGAAGAUUUCGCUGACUGGAAGGCAGCAAAAGUGGGUCCACCGAAGUCAAAGGAUGAGUUUGCGCAAGAGGAAGAACAACAGAAAAAACAGCAAGAGGCAGAAAACCGUCGAUUAAUAGAGGAAGAGUUGGCAAAAAAGACAGAGAUGGAACUCAAGAAGCCUACCUUCUCUUCAGGAGGCACUCUUGGAGGGAAGACCAUUCAAAGUCGCCUUUCAGAGACGAGUGAGUUGACAGAACAGCAAAAGACCCGACUAAUGAGAGAACAACGUGCCAGAGCGGCUGAGGCUAGAUUGAAAAAGCUUCAGGGUAAAUAA